CCCGGGCAAAAUGUAGGUCACACAGAACCCGAAAAAUACGUAAAGUGUUUUUGCCAGAGCCAGCGUUUUUGGCGGAUGCUGCACAAGAUUCAUUCGGUGCUCGAGACGUGUACCGUCAGGACAUGGGAUCCCCUGUGAAAGGUUGGCGAUGUUCGGCGAAAGAAAAUUCGUGCGUGUGACAUAAGCGUGACACGAUGAAAGGCGAAGGUGGAGGGCAUAGGGUGGCCAGCCAGCCCCUUCUCGUGAACCGUUCUUUCAGGCGGACAGAGCAUACGAUAGUGUUUGGCUGAGGGUGGUGACCGGUUUUAAAGAACGAAACACGGUGCACGGUGUGCGGAAAGAUUGUUUCAAUUUUCGACGGUUUAAAGUCCAUCCCAGUCUAUUGGGAAGGUAACACCUGAGAAAUUACAAGCCCCCCAUUGAGUUGUUACUCUGCAUCGCCGGUCAAUCGAAUUUACCGAUCAGCUGACCUGUGUGCGUGGGUGAUUUCCUGAGGAAAAAUCGAAAAUGUUCAAAGUUGACUCUCACACUUACAGCCGAAAAAAUAUCUGACGAAAUCCUUACAUAACGUGCACUUGUUGCACCAGCCAAGAGGCCACUUACGGUACUUACUUGCAUGCUGCACCGAAAGGGCCACGGUGCACCCGUGGAACCUGUGCGCGGAAAACCGUUCGAAGUCGGUGCUAAAAUUGGUGUCCAAGCGUCAGGGCAGGAAAAGAACUGACAUUAUAAUGACUACGUCCAGCGUGCAAGUAUCGUGUUGUUUGAAGGUGGAAUAAAAGUUCAAUAUUUGUCCAUUCACAUCGAGUUCAUCUCCAAUUCGCCAAUGGAUUUCCUGCUCGGUGGCUGCGCGGCAACGUGCGCCGGAAUCUUCAGCAAUCCUUUCGACGUGAUAAAAACCCGCCAACAGCUCCAUGGCGAGUUAAUGACCAAGGUGACGACGUCUGGUGAUGUCGGCCACGGUGGCACCCCUAGUCAACCGCGCAAUCCGUACCGGUCGGUGUUCAAGUCCUUUCGGACGAUCCUAAAAUCGGAAGGAAUUCUCGGGCUUCAGAAAGGCCUCGUGUCGGCGCUCGCUUUCCAGUUCACUAUGAACAGUGUCCGGCUCGGAAUCUACCAGACAGCGGAGAACUACGAGUGGACGCGCGGUGACACCAAGGCUGGCACGGUGUUUUACUCGAUCUUAUGGGGCGGCUUCAGUGGGGUGAUAGGUUCGACGAUCGCCUGUCCACUGUACAUGAUCAAGACCCAGAUCCAGGCACGAUCGCACGGCAAGUACGCGGUCGGCUACCAGCAUCGGCACACCAGCACCCUGGCCGCCCUCAGCGGAAUCUACCGGAGCCAGGGAGUGCGUGGACUGUGGCGUGGUUACCACGGCAUUGCCACCCGGACCGCCAUCGGUUCGUCCGCCCAGCUGGGGACUUUCUCCACCUUCAAAGACUUCUUCGUCCAGUUCGAGUUCUUCCGUGAAUCGGUGGCUUUUACGGCGUUCGCGGCCAGCAUGAUAAGUGGAUUUUUCACGUGCGUGUUCAUGUCGCCUUUCGACGUGAUUGCGACGCGCCUUUUCAAUCAAGGGGUCGAUGCAAACGGGAAAGGACUGAUGUACCGGAGCGUGGUGGAUUGCUUCAUGAAAACGCUUCGUGCCGAAGGUCUGCACGGACUGUACAAGGGGUUCGUGCCGAACUACUGGCGCAUCGCUCCGCAUACGAUCCUGAACCUGACAUUCUGGGAUCAGUUUAAAGCCUGGCGGGACCUUUACUUCGGAUGAGGACUGCGGCCGACAUCCGCAGUGAUUUCUCUUUGGCUUUGUACAGAUAAUUUUCGCUCGACAAAGAUUUGCAUAGACACUAACCAGUGACGCCUUUCCCACGCAGGGAGCCGAUUUUUAACUAGGAAAAUAAACGAAA